CAAACCGAAGCAGCAGCCGUUGUUCGCGGCUAACAGCUAGCUAGCUAGCUAACGAGCUAACGAGCUAAAACCAUGGCGGCAGUGCGCAGCUUAAUGGUGGCGGUGAAAUCAGACAGCGGCGGCUCGGACCGCUCGGAAUCGGACUCGGACUCCUCCGAGUCGGACCGAGACGCCCGCGACGCCGAACCGAUGGAGGUGGAGGUGGAGGAGGGAGAGCUGGAGGACGUCUCCGUUAACCGGUCCCUGAAGGAGCUGCUGCCGGAUACGAGCCGGCGAUAUGAGAACAAGGGCGGAGCGUUCAUCACUGGGAUUGAUGUCAACUCAAAGGAGGCGAUCGAGAGGAAAGAGAAGCGAGCGAGACGUUUUCAUUUCCGUCCUGAAGAGACGGUCGACCAGAGGAACGUGUUCAUGGAUAAAGACACCAUGAAGAAAGCUAUCCCCAGCCUGCGUAUGGAGGCCAUCUACGUGACGGGAGUUGACGACAUGAGUACUCAGGACAUCUUCGGAUAUUUUAAAGAAUAUCCUCCAUCACACAUCGAGUGGAUCGAUGACAUGUCCUGUAACGUGGUUUGGCUCGAUGACAACACGUCCAUCAGAGCUCUCGUCAACAGCAGCCGGAUGACCGACCCGGAGGAGGUUACCACGGAGACGGAGAGCUCCGACCAACCGGCCAAACAGAGCAAAGGUUGUGAAGGUCAAGGGUCAGAUGAUGAGGAGGAGGAAGAGGGCGAGGUGGAGGAGGACGAAGAGGAAGCUGUGAAGAAGAGCAGCGAGGAGAUCGAGGUGAAAGAUGCAGACGAGCCGAAAACCAAGCCGGAGGCCGUUCAGGUGGAGGACCUGUCGCUGGCAGAGAGAGAGUCUCUGCUGAGGAACGACCUGCGACCGGCCAUCAAACCCUUCAAAGGAAACAAACUCCUCCUGCGUUUCGCCACACAUGAUGAUAAGAAGGAGCUGGGUGCUGCUCGUCGCAGUAGAUACUACAUGAAGUACGGAAACCCAAACUAUGGAGGCAUGAAGGGGAUCCUCAGCAACUCCUGGAAGAGGAGGUUUCACACCCGGAGGAUCCAGAGAGACGUCAUCAAGACCAAGAAGCCUCUGAUUGGAGACAACAUGGGACACACGCCGCCGUACACUCACCGACACUCUGCCGACCUGGUCAACCUGCCCGAGGAGCCCAUCAAGGAGGAGGAGGAGGAGGAGGACGAUAUCGACGAGGACAUGGAGGAGAUGGAGGAGGACGACCGGGUGGUGGAGUACAAAGAGCGGGCGGAGAAGGAGCAAGGCGAACGAGCCCCCGGGGGCUCCCGGCCAGUGGGGGGGGCGGGGCUCCGCGGCCGGGCCGAGCGCUCACCGUCUCCGUGGUCGGAGUCGGACGAGAUGGACUACGAUCUGGAGCUGAAGAUGAUCUCCACGCCGUCGCCCAAGAAGAGCAAGAAGAUGACGAUGUACGCCGACGAGCUGGACGGACACCUGAAGAGCAUCCGGAACCGGGUCGGGGAGUCUGGAUCUCAGACCAGAGCCAAGUCCACGUCGCCCCCCAAAGUGACCGACGUCCGGCAGCUGCUCGAGGAGAAAAGAAAAGGACUCACUCAGCACAGACAGCCCCCCCCGGUGGCCCCCAGUGGAAAGACAGACGUACGUCAGCGGUUGGGGAAACGGCGCUACUCCCCCGACAGACAACGCUCCCCCUCCCCCGUCUCCCCCAGAGACACGCCUCCCGCCAGAGAACCAAUCAGAGACGUGCACCGCAGACUGGGCGUGGCCAGUCAGGACAACAGACCUGUCUUCUCCAACUCGUCCAAAGACAGGAAGACAAGUGCUCUGUGGAGCAGACUCGGUUCUGGUGAAGACGACGGUGGCGGUUCCAGUCGUCAGGAGCGCAGAUCGAGCAGCCGGCCGUCGGGUCUCUUCGCGUCCUCGGGGAGGAGUGACGGAGGUGAGGGUGGAGUCAGCGGAGUCGGCAGCAAGACACGAGGCGACGGAGAGGAGGAAGAGAAGAAGGAGGAGGAAGAAGACGACUCCACGCUGCAGAAGAUGUGGGGCGCCAUGAUCAAACAGAAACAGGAGCGUCUGACCCACAAGAUCAAGAAGAGCCGGCUGGACAGCCUGCCGUCACUGCAGAUCGAGAUCAGCCGCGACAGCAGCGACGACUCCGAUGCCUGAAACUGAGGAAGAGGACGAGGAAGAUGAAGAGGAGGAGGGGAACCAGCCGGAGUGUUUCUCCUCUGAACUUCACGUCACUCUUUUCUUCAAGUACAAUAAUUCAAAGACCUGACUGCAGAUCUGAGGCCAGUGUGUUGGGUUUCUUUUUGUUUGUCUCUGCGGUCCAGGAGGGACUACCGGGUUCAACCAGGCACCGCUCCUUUACUUUUAACUGACAAGAAAAUGUUGAUCUCCUCAUGGUGGGUUUUUCAUCUGCAACCAAAUCCAGUCGAAAAUGUA